GACUGGCAGUUUAAGCAACACCAUAAACGGGGAACAACUCAAAUGCCAAAAUCCGCGUUUCCCCAGCGACCCUCUGUUCAAAGGUUGUGGAAGAUUUUUGCAUGGCUGGAGAAGAUUAACUCGAAAGAAUUUCUUCUGACCUAGAUCCACGUCUGAAAAAGCUCCGUCUCCCGUAGCACCGUUUUGAGAGAAAACAAAGACGCGUACGGAGCUCCAUGGGGCGAAUCUGGCACUGGGUGCCUAGCUGAACGUUGCCUUGGUCCGGGACGCGCCCCAGCAUGGCUCUUAUCGAGGGCGUGGGGGACGAGGUGACCCUGCUGUUCGGGGUGGCGUUCCUGGCACUGGUCCUGGUGCUGGCGUGGGCCUCCACCCACACGGCCGACCGCUCCGAGCACCUCUUCGCCCCCGCCCCCGCCCCGGGCCCCGCCUCCUCGCACAGGACCGCCCCCUCCUCCCCGGAAAGCGCCAGCCCCGAGCCGCUCCCCCCGGAGAGCGCCCCGGCGCCGGGGGGGCUGGGGGAGGAGGGCAAGGAUGAGCCCCGCGGGGAGGCGGGGGCCGAGGGGCAGGCGGCCGCGGGGGGGGCGGAGGUGGGGGACGGCUCCCCGUCGGACGAGGGCUUCGGGUCGGACGGGCUGCGGCACAGGGAGCCCGCCGGCCCCGCCCAGACCAGCCCCAGCCCCAGCCCCGCCCCCUCCCAGCCGUCGCCGGCCAGCACCGAAAGUGCCGCUCCAGACGACGCCCAGAGGAACAUGGUCCUCCGUCUGAAGUUCCUCAACGACACCGAGAGGGUGGCCCAGGUCAAGCCGGAGGACACCAUCGGCUACAUCAAAAGGACUUACUUCACGGGACAGGAGCACCAGGUGCGCCUGAUCUACCAGGGCCAACUGCUCCGGGACGACGCCCAGACGCUGGCCUCCCUCAACCUGGCGGACAACUGCGUCCUGCACUGCCACGUCUCGCAGCACGCCACGCCGCAGGUGCCCGCGGGCGCGCGCGCGGCCGACCAGGUCCACGUGGCGCUCAACGUGGGCAGCCUGAUGGUGCCCUUCUUCGUGCUCAUGCUGUCGGUGCUGUGGUACUUCCAGAUCCAGUACCGCCAGUUCUUCACCGCCACGGCCACCGCCUCCCUGGUGGGCCUCACCAUCUUCUUCAGCUUCGUGGCGUUCGGCCUCUACCGCCGAUAAGGCCGCCGGCCGUCCCGCACACACACACACACACGCACACACAGAAUACACACACACACACACACGCACGCACACACACGCACACACGCACACACGCACACAGAAUACACACACACAUAGAAUACACACACGCACACGCACACAUACACACACACACACACAGAAUACACGCACAAACACACACACACGCACGCGCACAUACACGCACACGCACACACGCACAAAUGCACACACACACACACACAGAACACACACGCACACGCACACAGAACACUGCAGUGCCCGUGCGCGCGCACACGCACAGACACACUCAGAACACAGCAGUGCGCACACAUAAGCACGCACACAUACAAACACAUACAACCCAACACACAUGACAGCAGUCCACACGCUCACACAAUGCAACAUACAUCCUCCCUCCAUAUUUCUCUGCUGAGCACCGGCCUCUGUUGCAUUCUGGGAAGGACCAGCCUAUGGUAACCGUAGGGAAAGAUGAAGUCAUAGGGGGGUGGUUAAUUGAUCUCAGAAGCAAGAUAUUUCUUUAUUUUUUGGUUUAUUUGUAUUUUUUUUUUUUAUUAUUCACAGGGUGUUGUUUUCUUUAGAAAAUUCAUCCCUGUGGAAAAAUGUCACGCAGAUGGAUUAUGUGCUAUAUCUUUUUUCUUUUGGUUUUUUUUUUGGUUUUUUUUCCAAUGUAUAGAUAUAAAAAUGUAUAAGAAUAAUUGGUGGACUCGUCAUGCCUGUCCUAUUUUGUUUUUAUUUUUCUUGUGUUUUGGGUACGCAAGCAGACAGGGGAGGGGGCGUGGUUUGGCAGACUGGGGGGGGGGGGGUGGGGCGGGGGGUGUGGUCUGCCGCCCCAGGACCUCCCGCCCCUCUGUGGGCGGGGCCAUUCGUUUCGCUCUCUCUGUUCUCCUCCGUGGAGGAGGCACUCCUGCUGUUGUACGUCUCGGACUUGAAGCAUAGACUGUAAAAUACGGCUUUUAAAAAAACGAAAGGAAAAAAAUCUAUUAAAUCAUUCUUUUAUUUA